CGGGAGAAAAAGCAGGUGUACGAGUGGAGGCUGAUUUUCGGAGCCCGAGAUAUUGAGUUCGGAAGCAACAAGCCGGUGAAACCCCCUCUGCAGGAGCGGCACGUGGAGAAGAUCAUCAUUCACGAACGCUACCACCCCGGGCUGGAGACUAACGACAUCGCGCUCUUGAAGAUCACCCCGCCGGUCCUCUGCGGGCGCUUCGUGGGGCCCGGCUGCCUGCCCCAGUUCUCGGCGGGCCCGCCCAGCAUCCCCCAGACGUGCUGGGUGAUCGGCUGGGGAUUCCUGAGAGAGACCGAUGUCCAGCCGACGCCUGUGCUGCAGGAGGCGCGCGUGAACCUCCUGGACCUCGACCUGUGCAACUCGUCUCAGUGGUACAACGGGCGCAUCUUCUCCACCAACUUGUGCGCGGGCUACCCGGAGGGCAAGAUCGACACCUGCCAGGGGGACAGUGGCGGGCCUCUCAUGUGCAAAGACAACGUGGAGAACGCCUACGUGGUCGUGGGAGUCACCAGCUGGGGGGUAGGCUGUGCCCGAGCGAAGCGCCCCGGCAUCUACACAUCCACGUGGCCCUAUCUGAACUGGAUCGCUUCCAAGAUCGGCUACAGCGCCUUGAAACCGAUCCAGCUGGGCCCGUCGCACCCGCCCGUCCCCGCAGCCCUGCCGAAGCCGCCGACGACCGUGCGCCCCACCGUCCGCCCGCCCUGGUACUUCCGCCCUCUCCCACGGCCACCCAUCCACGCACCCGCCUCCAGGCCGCGCCCCCGGCCUCCCGCGCUGACCCCGUCGCCCCCGUCGCCGCCGUCGCCGCCGUCCCCGUUCACGCCCCCGCACCCGCUCGCGCACGCACCCGGACGCCCGCCGUUCAGUGGCCGCCCCCACGCGCUCUCUUUCGCCAAGAGACUAGAGCAGCUCAUGGAGAUCUUAAAGGGGAAGACCUUCAUUAACAUUAGAGGCAAUUAUGGGAGUCCACAGACACCCCAGAACUGACCUCCUCCUGAUCUGACCCCACUGUCAACAGAUCCUGUGAACCCUCCUUCACUCCCAUGGGGGGGAAAAAAAAGAUGAAAUUAAUAUAUCUUUACACAGAAGUGUUUUCUGAAUUCUUAUCAUCCGCCCUCCCGACUCAGUCCAAACCUGCAUCUCUUCUGCCUCCCUCCCUCGCCCCCCAGCAGGGGUCGCUUGUACAUUAACGCCAAUUGCAUCUUUUAAAAUCUUGAUUUUUAAAACCGGAACGAGGUGACUUGGGGAUGUUGGCUGGCAUGGUCUUUGUUCUGCAUUCACUAUGUCUGCACCUCGUUUGGGGGCGGGGAGUUGGGGGGAAAAGCCCUGGAAGCAGCCACAGGUCUCCUGUGGCACCCUCUCCAGGUGGGAGAGGCAGACCCAUGAGAGGACAUGCAGAAGGCUGGGUGCCCCAGAACACAAAGGUAACAGGCGACAG